GAGUUGCCAUACAAAGCUCGAUACCGCCGCACUAAUUGCUAUUUUUCAAGCUAUCAUCUCUUUCUAUUAUUAUUUCGUAUAAACAGCUGUUACAAAUAAAUUAAGUAUUACAUAAAAGUUCGAAUUAGUCGAUCACAAUGAGCCUAAAGUUAAUUGUGAACUCUAAUGAUCCUCCAAUAGGUGCUUUGAUAACAUCUGAACUAAUAAUUGAGGAGAAUAAAGCACAGAUAGAAAUUUCAUCGAAAAAUUUCAAUUCUGGCAAUGUUCAAUUAAUUGCUACAGAUGGAAGUGUCAUCUGCGAAAGCUGCAACGAGGUCGGCCGAUACUUUGGUAGAACGGUGCACCCGGAUUUAUAUGGAGGCUCAGAUGUUUAUCAAAGGACGGAAGUUGAUCACUGGCUCUCCUUUUCUAUCGGACCUCUCAAAAGCCAGAAGUCCAUAAACGAGGCAUUGGUUUAUCUGGACAAUAUUCUCAAGCCAAAAACAUGGCUCGUAUCCAAACGUCUAACCCUGGCAGAUAUUUAUGUUUUUUCGUCUCUGGUGGAUCAUCGACCUCUGGAAAGUGAUGAAAAGUACUGUAAUAUAAACAGAUGGUACAGGCAAAUGUUGGCUAUGCCGGCAGUCCAGAAAGCGCUUGCUGCUGUCCCAAAGAACAGAGUUGCAGGUUCUGGAAAAGCUACCAAAUCUUCUGGUCGACAAGAAAACAAAGAUGCCAAGAGACCUUGCAGUACUGGAAACAGAAAGCAGGAGGGAACAUUUGUUGAACUUCCUGGUGCUGAAAUGGGCAAGGUAGUUGUUCGCUUUCCACCGGAAGCCAGUGGUUACUUGCACAUCGGUCACGCAAAAGCAGCUCUCUUGAAUCAAUAUUACGCAGAUGCAUUCAAGGGACAAUUAAUAAUGAGAUUUGACGACACAAAUCCAGCUAAAGAAAAUGUUGAGUUUGAACAAGCGAUUUUGCAAGAUCUCGAGAUGUUGCAGAUAAAACCUGAUCGCUUCACUCAUUCUUCCGACUACUUUGAACUCAUGUUGUCCUAUUGUGACAAGCUGAUCAGAGAAGGGAAAGCUUUUGUGGAUGAUACGCCUGCUCUGUUGAUGAAAGAACAACGUGAACAAAGAUUGCCAUCAGCAAAUCGAGACAACUGUGUUGAAAAAAAUAUGCAGCUAUGGCAAGAAAUGAAGGACGCGACUGCUAAGGGUCAGGAAUGUUGCGUUCGUGCGAAAAUCGAUUACCAAUCAACGAACGGAUGUAUGAGGGAUCCGACAAUUUACCGAUGCAAAGCGGAACCUCAUCCUCGAACAGGAACGAAAUACAAAGUGUAUCCGACCUACGACUUCGCAUGUCCGAUCGUAGACGCCCACGAGGGUGUAACGCAUACACUUCGAACAACCGAGUACCACGAUCGAGAUGUCCAAUUUUAUUGGCUUAUCGAUGCUCUGGAGUUACGACGUCCUCAUGUUUGGGAAUAUUCUCGACUUAAUAUGACGAACACGGUUUUAUCAAAACGACGGUUGACUUGGUUCGUCGAAGAAGGUUUAGUCGACGGUUGGGACGAUCCACGUUUUCCAACUGUCAGAGGAAUUCUCCGCCGUGGCAUGACCGUCGAUGGACUCAAACAAUUUAUCAUUGCUCAAGGCAGCUCCCGAUCCGUCGUUUUCAUGGAGUGGGACAAAAUUUGGGCAUUUAACAAAAAGGUCAUCGAUCCUAUAGCAAUUCGAUACACAGCUUUGAAUGACGGUGAAACCGUUCCGGUUGUGGUAGAGAAUGCAAAAGAAGAUUUUCUGACUGUACAAAAUCAUCCGAAAGAUCCGUCGAAGGGUACGAAAAAAGUGAAAAUAGGACCACGGAUAUUAAUUGAAAGAUGUGACGCGGAAACUCUCGUGGAGGGCCAAAACGCAACUUUCAUAAACUGGGGUAAUCUGCUCAUCAAAAAUAUCCACAAAGAAAAUGGACUGAUCACAGGAGUCGCAGCGAGUUUGAAUCUCGAGAACAAAGAUUAUAAAAACACGGUUAAACUCACCUGGCUCGCCGACGACAACAAGGAGAAUAAAAAUUCCGGUAAACAACACGAUGUGGUCCCAUGUUACGCGGUUUAUUUCGAACAUAUCAUCAGCAAACCUGUUCUCGGUAAAGACGACGAUUUCAAAGAUUUUGUCGCCAAGGAUACAAGGAAAGAAAUUAAAUUAUUAGGCGAGAGCGAACUGAAGCGGGUGAAAGAGGGCGAGAUUAUUCAGCUCCAAAGAAAGGGAUUUUUCCGUUGCGACGUUCCAUACGCUCCCAUGAGUCCUUUUUCAUCUCGAGAACAACCAGUCGUUCUUUUCCACGUUCCUGAUGGACACUCUACGUCUCAAGGAGCCACCGCUGCACCCGCGAACUCUGAAACUGCGACAAAGACUAAAGCAAAAGACAACGGGGGAAAGGAUUUAUCGUCGCUGGAUGAGAAAAUAACGGCCCAGGGUAACAAAGUGCGUGACAUUAAAGCCGCGAAAGCUGAAAAAUCGAUCAUUGACGGAGAGGUUAAAAUUCUGCUUGCUCUAAAAGCUGAGUACAAAACGGUCGCUGGAAAGGAUUGGAAACCAGGAGCGGUAGUGAAAAAGCCAACGGAUGAUUCUGCAACAGCUACUGAUGAAACGCUUUCUAAAAAGGUACAGGAACAGGGUGAAAAAGUGAGAAAAUUGAAAGCUGAGAAGGCGGAGAAAAAGGUGAUCGAUCAAGAAGUCAAAGAGUUAUUGGCUUUAAAGGCAGAGUACAAAAAGCUUACAGGAAAAGAUUGGAAGCCAGCUGAAGUUGCGAGUCAAAAUUUAAAAUCGUCUGCUACUGAUGGAGCCGCGUUGUCGAUUAAAAUUUCUCAACAAGGCGACAAAGUAAGGCAACUGAAAGCAGAAAAAGCAGACAAAAAGUUGAUCGACGUCGAAGUGAAGAAUCUUUUGGCCUUUAAAGCUGAGUACAAGAACGCAACAGGCAACGAUUGGAAACCAGAAGCUGCAGUAGCGGUUUCCACGAACGUCCAAGCUGCGAAAGCCUCGAACGAAGAGUUGUCGAAUAAGAUUCAAAAGCAAGGUGACAAAGUUCGUGAGCUGAAAACCGCCAAGGCCGAUAAAAAACUCGUGGAAGAAGAAGUCAAAGUUUUGUUGACUUUGAAAAGCGAGUACAAGCGCGUGGCAGGUGAAGAUUGGAAACCUAAAGAAACCGCCGUGUGUCCAAAAAUGAGUAAUGAUUCUGCUGAUUCGGUAUCCGCAAAAAUAACAGAACAAGGUGACAAAAUUCGUCAGUUAAAAACGCAGAAAGCAGAAAAAUCGAAAAUUGACGAGGAAGUGAAGAUACUAUUGAAGUUGAAAAGCGAUUAUAAGAGUCUUGCUGGCAAAGAAUGGAAACCCAGUACGACGAGCGCCGCUGCAACCCCAUCAACGAAUCCCUCAACGAAAGGAAACGAAUUGUCGAACGAGAUUACCAAAGCAGGUGACAAAGUGAGACAAUUGAAGAGCGAAAAAGCGGAGAAAAAUGCAAUUGACGAGGCAGUGAAAAUAUUACUCGAUUUAAAGACUAGCUACAAAGCAGCCACGGGACAAGAUUGGAAGCCACCGGGAGGUGGUGAAAAUUCUGGACCUCGCAAACCGAAAGAGUCUUCCAAACCAGCAGAAAAACCAGCCAAAAAAGAAAAAACGAAGGAGCAACAAGCUUCGAACAAAGAAACUGAAAGUAACAAAACCGGCACGCGUUUGGGUCUCGAGGCUAAAAAAGCCGAGAAUUUAUCAGAUUGGUACUCUCAAGUUAUCACUAAAGGCGAAAUGAUAGAAUAUUACGACGUUUCUGGUUGUUAUGUUUUACGACCUUGGAGCUUUUCCAUUUGGGACAUUAUAAAAGAUUAUAUCGAUGGCAAGAUUAAAAAAAUGGGCGUACAGAAUUGUUACUUCCCAAUAUUCGUCAGUAGAACCGUUCUUGAACGCGAGAAAAAUCAUAUUGCUGAUUUCGCACCAGAAGUUGCAUGGGUUACGAAAAGCGGUGACUCCGAUUUGGCCGAACCAAUUGCCAUUCGGCCUACUUCAGAAACCGUUAUGUAUCCUGCUUACGCUAAAUGGUUGAAAUCCUAUCGUGACCUGCCUUUAAAACUCAAUCAAUGGAACAAUGUUGUCCGAUGGGAGUUCAAACAUCCGCAGCCAUUCUUGCGAACGCGUGAAUUUCUCUGGCAAGAAGGACAUUCGGCAUUUGGAACAAAAGCUGAAGCCGACGAAGAAGUGUUGGAGAUACUCGAGAUAUAUGCACAAGUGUACGAAAACUUACUAGCGGUUCCUGUCGUCAGGGGUCGCAAGACUGAGAAAGAAAAAUUCGCCGGUGGUGAUUACACUACCACGGUCGAAGCUUUCGUCUCGGCAAGUGGCAGAGGAAUUCAAGGUGCUACAAGUCAUCAUCUGGGACAAAAUUUUGCCAAAAUGUUUGACAUUCAAGUUGAAGGUGCUGAGGAAGGGAGCGAGAAGUCUUACGUCUAUCAGAACUCGUGGGGCUUGACAACGCGAACCAUUGGAGUCAUGAUAAUGGUGCACGGUGAUGACAAAGGGUUGGUUUUACCACCGAAAGUUGCUGCUAUCCAGGUCGUAAUCGUUCCUUGUGGAAUCACAGCUUCAACGAGCCUCGAACAGAGACAACAUCUCAUGGCCGAGUGCCAGAAGCUUGAGGCUGAAUUGAAGAAGAACGGUGAUUUGAAGGUCAAAGGUGACUACAGGGACAACUAUAGUCCUGGUUGGAAAUUCAAUCAUUGGGAACUCAAGGGUGUUCCUGUAAGAGUUGAGCUCGGUUUCAAAGAUUUGGAGAAAAAGCAGGUGACCCUCGUUCGAAGAGACAAUUCCGAACGUUUGACCGCUGAAAGAACUAACGUUUGUGGCUCCGUCGAAAAACUUCUCGAAGAAAUACAGAAAUCUAUGCUGAACAAAGCCUCGAAAGAUUUGGACGAUCAUAUCAAACAGGUCACUGAAUGGAACAGUUUCUGUACUGAACUCGACAAAAAGAACAUUCUUUUGGCACCGUUCUGCGGAGAUACCAGCUGCGAGGAUAAUAUUAAGGCAGACAGUACCAGAGAGGACGGAGGUGAAGAACCAGGCGCACCGUUGAUGGGAGCUAAGAGUCUUUGUAUACCUUUCGAACAACCGAAAACACCGCUGAGUUCCUUGAAAUGCAUACAUCAACGUUGUACGAAAAAACCGAAAUUUUAUACUCUGUUUGGUCGCAGUUAUUAAAGAAAAUUUGGCUUGAUUCUCCGAACCAAAACUGGAUCAAUAAAUGAUUAUUUAAAUGAUAUAAA